UUGAGACGGAAACAUUGUAGAAACUCGUAGAUAUGUCUUUUUAUUGCAGAAUUAGAUUUAUGUUGUACCUUCCAGAUGUAUGAUGGAAUGCUAUUAGCAAUUCUGAAGAAUUGCUAAAUCAAUCUGGGAGAGUUUGGAGGGCAGUAUUUGUUUCAGUUUUUAAAUAAAUCUUCGCCUUUGUCAUGGAUAUGACUAGCACAGAAGAACUGGGAUUGGUAUGGAUGGGUGAUAUGCUCCUCCAUAGUGAUCCUGGGGGCCUUAUGAUCAACUCUAGCAUGGAUCCUCAUCGCAAUACAUUUUUUACAGAAGCCCAACAGACUAUCGAGGAAAUGCGGCAAACAACACCUAUGUAUGUCCAAGACAUGAAUGGUUACAUGAUGUUGGAUGAAUUGGAAGAUCCGUAUUUCGAAGAUGAGGAUAGAGACAGUAAACUGGACGAGGGUCAGCCAGGUUACAUACCUGGUCUCACAGGACAGAUUACUCCAACGGAAGUUCCUCAGUCUAAUAAAAAGAUUAAACCCAUCAAGAGGCCUGGGCUGAAGCUUCAGACCCCGAUCGCAUACCAGAGAGAUACUGAUCCCAACGUUAUUCCCAUCAUGAAAGAUGGAAUGGCGAUUUGUGAAAAGUGUGGUGCGAUUGGUGUGAAACAUGCAUUUUAUACCAAAGAGAGGAGGUUUUGCAGCUUAGCUUGUUCACGUGGCUAUUCCGAGGGACCGCCACCGCCAAGUGAUAGUGAUGAUGAGGGAAAACCACCUUUAAAUCCAGUUCAGAUGGAAGUUGAUUCUGCCGUGAAGGUAAAGAUCCAUGCUACAUUACCACCUCUUCCUGCUCCGAUAUCGCUUCAUGAAGAAGAAACGCCAUUCCCGCCAGAUAAGAAGACCCUGCCUCAUCUGGCUGGAACGUACGAUUGGACGGAAAUGCUUAAUGAUCCUACCUUCGCUGCUGCUUCAGUUUCUUCAUUCAGUCACGCACCCAUGGCGAAUAAUUGGGACAAUAUAACUGUGGGUAUGAAGGUUGAAGUAGAAAAUACCGACUGUGAUAAUUAUUCUGAGGAUGUUCCGGAUUCAUUUUGGGUCGCAACUGUCAUGCGAAUCGCAGGUUACAAGGCUCUGUUAAGAUAUGAAGGAUUCGGCCAAAACGAAAGUAAAGAUUUCUGGGUUAAUCUAUGCUCUUCUGUCGUUCAUCCCGUCGGUUGGUGUGCGAAUCGUGGGAAACCUCUGAUUCCACCUAAAACCAUUGAAGAUAAAUAUAAAGAUUGGAAACAUUUUUUAGUGAAACGGUUAACUGGAGCACGUACAUUGCCUUCUAACUUUUAUUCUAAAGUUCAUGAGAAUCUGAAAUCGAGAUUCAGAUGUGAUUUGAACCUUGAAGUAGUUGACAAAAAUAGAAUCUCUCAGGUAAAAGUAGCGACAAUCAAGAAUAUUGUUGGUAAAAGACUGCAUGUUAAGUAUUACGAUGCUGAACCAGGAGAUAAUGGAUUCUGGGCACAUGAAGACUCUCCUCUGAUUCAUCCUGUGGGGUGGGCGAGGCGGGUGGGACAAACGCUCGCCGCCCCUCCUGCCUACGUAGAUCGUUGCCUUAAAGGUCUGAGGGACAAGGAUGAUGCUACUGAAGAUCUCUUCCCACUAGCCCAUUCUCUCCCUUACCACACAGGAUUCAGGCACGGGAUGAAGCUUGAAGCUGUCGAUCCACUGAAUUUGUCAUCUAUUUGUGUUGCUACAAUCAUGAAGGUUCUCAACGAGGGCUAUUUGAUGAUCAGAAUCGAUACAUAUGAUGAGGACUGCUCUUCCCCCGGAUCUGACUGGUUCUGUUAUCAUUCUUCGUCUGCUUGCAUUCUUCCUCCUGGAUUUUCGGCUCUAAACGGCAUCAGCCUCACACCACCCAAAGGUUACAACCCCUCAACAUUCAGUUGGGCCGACUAUCUAGCUGAAACUGGUUCACAACCUGCGCCAGCUGAACUUUUUGACAUUGAAGCUCCCGAACAUGGAUUCACGGUUGGCCAGAGGCUAGAAGCAGCCGAUCUGAUGGAUCCAAGGCUCGUCUGUGUGGCGACUGUUGCCCAAAUCGUUGGGAGACUUAUCAAAGUUCACUUUGACGGCUGGGAGGAGGAAUAUGACCAAUGGCUAGACUGCCAGUCCCCAGAUAUGUACCCCGUUGGUUGGUGCCAUCUAGUGUCUCAUAAGCUAGAAGCGCCACAUGCUCCACCUUCAAAGCCGAGUCCACAAUCUAAAAAUAAAACAGAAAAUAAACAGCCUGGUAAACGGGGUAGAAAGCCUAGGAGAGGAUAUCAUAGGAAAAAUCUGACCAAGGCAGUUGAGGAAAAGCUGGCAGAUUUGAGCCAUCACCAGGUGCCUGGGCCAGAAAAGGAGUCUCCAUCUAGUUUGCCCGUAACGUUAGUUUCAAACACACCUAACAGCCAGCCAACCCGGCCAAGUGGUGAAGUUGUUGAUGAUAUCAAAGACCCUGAUCUGGAGAUGGGAGAAGUUCCGAUUAAAGAUCAAACCCUCCCUGAAGAACCUCAUGUCAACCCUCCCAGUGAGAAAUUGGAGAUACCAAAACUAAUACCAAAGCUUAUAGAUACAAGUGAAAAUGUCGACUUAACACAAGUUACACCAAGUGAAUGGAACGAGGAGGAUGUAGCCCAGUUCAUGAUAGUUAACAACUGUGCCGCUUACUGUGAUAGAUUUACUACUAAAAAGAUUGAUGGUAAAACACUUCUCACAUUGACUAAAGACCAAAUCAUUGAUCUGACUGGAAAGAAGGUUGGUCCGUCUCUAAAGAUAUUUGAUUUGAUUCAGCAGUUGAAGAUCAAAGUGAAACCCGGUCAAGAAAAGCGAAUAGGAAUGAAGAAAUAUUUUUAAAUUCUCCAGUGGACAAUGAGAGCGACAAUCACCAUCUUCACUAUAAAAUGUGUCACUCAUCGUUCUGUUGAUUAUAAGUUUUCUUUUUUGUUGUUUUAUUGAUACGGAUUAUUUUUUUAAUUCGUUUUUACUUCGUUCCAGGAUAGAAAUAAGCAAAUAAAUCGAAAAUAAUGAUGUAGCAUGUAUUGUUUUAUCUAAACAUUUUAAUUGUUUUUAAAGAUUCGUUUUCAAGUUUGUUUUUUUUUUUUUUUAAUGUAUAAAAGUGGACCAUGGAUGAUUUUGUUCUCUUAUUCUUUUUUAUAAUGUGCUUUUGAGAAGUUUAUUUUAUUGGAUAGUUGGUCAAUUACCAAUCAAUGUAGGUUAUCAAAUCCAUGCUAAUUUUUAUUUUUAAUAUUUUUACAAGACUUUCUUUUUUUCAUAAUGUUUAUACUCAUCAAUUAACUAUAAAAUAUUUAAUUUAAUGUGCUGAUCAGUAAUGUGCCUGCUUUAUUUUGCAAAUAAUCAUAAAUAAUAGACGGGAAAAAAUAACAAAUUUUUAAAAAUUAGUUAAAAAUACAUGUUUUUAUAAAAAACGAAGUAUCAUUUGUUAAAAAAAAAUUAAUUAAACUUUGUCACUUUCAUUACUCCAAAGUAAAUUGAUUAUUUUUUUACUUGCAACAUAUAUAAAAGCAUCAGACUAUAAUAUUCAAUAACUAUUGAAAAAUUUAUCAUUAAAUCAAUUUCGUUGAUUAUGCUCUCUGUAAAUAUCGAGCCUAUUAAUGACUUAAUUUUCAGUUAUAAAUUGUUGAAUAAACAACACUAAAGAAGUAGUAUUUUGAAUAAAGGAUUUAGUUAGUCAAAAUUUUUAUAUUGUCAGGUUACUUUUGUAAAAAUUAUUAGGGAGAUAGGGAAAGUAAUAGCGUUUAGGUAGUUGCAUGCUAAUCCUGGUUAAAGGACUGUUACGUCAUUCGUACGUUCAAAUCUUUAUUCGUAAGUAAUAAAAUGGCGUAUUUUUUAAAAUUAUUAUACAGUAAAUUUCAUAGGUUUUUUUUUUUUUUAAAUUUUCAAAUGAUAUUUUACCAUGAGCUUUGAAUUCAGGGUGUCUACUGUUUAUUGCAAAAUACCAUUUAGUAACAUUUUGUAAAUUAAAUCACAAAUUCCUUUGUUGAAUUUUUCCACUCAGAAAUAAUUUUACCUAUUUUGACAUUUAAUAGAGUUUUUAUUAUUUUGGUGGCCUUGAUUGAAGAGUUUUGCAUCAUUUGAUAUGUUGGAAAUUGACAAAUGUGUUCUUAAAAGCGUAAUUUCAUCAAAAAUUUAAUUAAUGACUUCGCAAUAAACUUACAAUACAUUCAUUUUGAACCGUUCAAGGUAAAAAAAUAUAUAUAUUUUUAUUUUAUUUAUAUAUAAUUACUGUUUUGUUUUUUUUAUAAAGGCUGAAUUAAUUUAAAAAAAAAAAUUGUAUUACCAAAAAGUUCUGCUUUUUUUUUUUGGUUGAUACAAUCAGUUUAAAUCUCUAAUGAAUCUAUGUAUGUUAACUAUACUGAUUUUAGAUCAAAUCUGUACCAAUAAAAGAGACAAAUUUUUUAGAAGUACAAUUUUUUUUUGCCAAUGACAAUAAUUGUCAAUAUCAGGGAUGAAAACUAUUGGAAAGAAAGAAAAAUUUCUACCGAAACCAAAAAUUUUUAUUUUUCUAUCUGUAGACGGCAGAUCUAUAUUUAUUGCUUUUGUCUUGAUGAUCCACGACUUGAUUUAAAUUAUCGAUGAAAAAGAUAUUUAAUUUCUUCAUGUUCACCAAUUACUCAGAAUUUUGACUGGUUUUUUUUCUGUUAUUUUAAAGCAAAAUCUUAAAUAAUAUAAAUGAAAUGGGAAUUUUCAGUAAAAACUCAAUUUAUCGUUAUAUAAUUAAGUCCAAAUAUUUAUUGUUCUCUUAGUUAUGCAUUUUUUGCUUUAAAACUUUCUCCUGCCAUCUAAAUAAUUUUGAAAAUAAUCUGUGAGAAUUAUUCCCAUUUUCAGCGAUAUAUUAUACCCUUAGAUUCAAGAUAGUUUUUGCAAUGAUUAAAUUGUGAUUGCUUACGGCGCUUAAUAAAUCUAAAUUACUAAGCUUCUGCCAUUCGUAUCUGGAAGAAAAAUAUUACUACUUAUUAAAAUGUAACAUAAAUUAUGAAAAUAUUUAAAAUAUAAUUUUUAGUUUUUAUUUGUAUUUUAUUCACAACUGAAAAGAAAUUGGAAGAUUGUAAAUAAAUUAUGUGAUAAGGUAAUAAGAUUUAAUUUCAUCAUUUGGAAUCCACCCGUUUUAGAAAAAGAUAGGCACAUUACUAUACUGUUAAGAUAGUAUUUAUAAAAAGGUUACUGGUCUUAAUAAAUAUUACGAUUCAAUCAUUAAGGAAAAUUAAAAAUUAUGUUCUAAUCGUUUUCAGAUGCUUUCAUAGUUCUUGUAUUUUCAUUUUCGAUCUGUAUUCCUAUUAAAUGAAAAACACUUAAAAAUUUAGAAAGAUUCUACAGCCUGCGAAAGUGUACAAAUUUAUUUUUAUAUAUUUAGAUGCUAAGUAAAAUAGAUGCUUAUUAUCUGAUGUUUUACUACUUAACACAAUCUGUAAUUUAUCACCAGUGCCUGUAAUAUAUAUAUAUUUAGAGUAUGUUUUCCAUAUCUGUUCGCCAGUAUUGGAUUUCAUUUAUUGAUGGAAAAAAUUGUAACUUAUUCUCUUAUAGUUAUGAAUAGAUUGUUAAUAAAUUGUUUAUAUAUCGCCAAAUUUAAGAAAAAAUAGUACGUCUUCACAAUGACGAAAUUUAUUCUUAGAUUAUUUGUAUAUACAUGUAUAUCAAUGAUGAUAACAAUCCUUGUUACAAUUGCUGUAAAUAAAGCCGAAGAUAGUUUUUAAGCAUAAUGUAAAAUUAAAAAAAAAAAAUUAAUCAGUUGAAGAUUUUGUAGUUCUGUUAAUUUGAGUUAAAAGGCUAAAAAAUAGUUUGAAGUAGAAUAAUGUAGAAGAGGUAAUACAAGAAUCAAAAGCCUGUGUAAUUUAAUUUUACCAUAGAUUUCGAGCACAUUAUUAUUUUAUGUUAGUAUUAAAAGUUUUUUUUUUUACAAAUACAUUUACACAAUAAGAAUUCAUAAUUUAUUUAUCCAUUUAAUGAGAAAAAAAAAUAAGAAAAGAGGAUUUAUAGACCAAGAUUAGAUGGAUUUUAUAUUAAAUUUAUUAAGA